AUGAUGCAGUCGACGAUAUGUCCUCCGUCGUUUUGGAGAAAUACCGGCGUCAUACGGACUCGCGAAGUGCUCGACCGUGAAAAGAUCGCUCAGAUCCCCUUUUCGGUGGUCGCCCUCAACGACCGUCUGACCGGCCGACCAGGUCUCGAAUCACCACAACAGAUGGGCCAGAAUCGGCUGUCGAAUCUGCAUGGACCCAAUGAAGCCCACCUCAAUGACUCCAAAGCCGAGACCAGCGUGGUCAUCAAUCUGAUCGACAUCAACGACAAUCCGCCGUUGAUGGUCCCCAUUGAUGACGUCGUCUCGGGCACAAGCGUCGCCAUCGCCUCGGCCUCAUCUCAGACUCCGGCUGAGCUCAUCUUUACACUUGACCGUUUUGAUCCGAUCAAUCCUUGCCUCGACUUUCCCUACACAUUUGUCGACGCGGACGAGGGUCGAAAUGCCGAAGUCGUCAUCACGUUGGAGGAGAACGCAUUCUUUUGGCUACAGGCCGAGCACAAUCUGCUCUGCGUUAAACCGGUCUCACCGGCCGAAGAGCGAAACUCGCAGACUCGGCCAACGAGUGAGUCGAGCCGAGGCAACGAGUCGGUUCGAGACGGCCUCGCAACGCGACCAACAGCGACUCUUCUGCCUGCGCCGGGUCGCUACAUCCUGUACCUGGUGGCCCGAGACAACCCGGAAAACGCGACAGCCGUCCUACGACGCCAGUACCAGUUGCGUGUGAUUGUCCGCGAGACGAGUCCCGACAGUCUGCCGCUCCUCUUCUCCGCCUCCUCUUCAGAUCUGGCCUCUGCCGGUACCGCCGCUGAAUCCGCCCUGUUAAAAGCCAAUCGACGAUCUGAAGUCUCCGGACCGCCACAAUGGCCCGUUUCCUCUGGUCUCGGCACCACGGGCCGUCUGGAGUCGCAGAGACGGCAGCCGGUUCGAGCAGGCUCGUCACGACACUCAGCGACUGGUGACUUUGCGGCUGAGUCGUCGAUGUUGUCGGGCCCUUCUGCAGCAUCUCUGGCCGCCAUGGCGACAGACCGGGGUACCGGCGGACGAAGGAGCAGCGGAGAAUUGUAUGCCGAUGCAAGUCAGGCGCAGGCGGCGGUCACUGCUAACAUCAGCAACGGCGGAACCUUUGGAGAACUCCGCAGCAUCACGGUUGUUGCCGUCCUUGUAUCUUUAGCUGGAAUUCUUUGUCUCGUUCUGUUGAUGGUCGUCAUUUCUUUGAAACGCUGUUCACGAACCGAGAAUAUGCGCCGGAAUCGUGCAGGUUUGUUGUGUAAUUUUGUUCGCUUUAGCGGACACCUAACUCUCGAGUAG